UCUUCAAAGGCCAAUCUUAUGUUCUCAGCAAACCCUUUUGCCAUCUUACAACCAAAGAAAAUAUAAAAAUCUUGGUCGUCAAGAACAUCCAUGAACCUUUAGUAAUCAAAUCAUAUUCUUGAAGUAAAAAAAAUUCAGGCAGAUACAUAUAAACAACAUACAUUACAGGAUGAAAACUUGCUUGUUCUGCUGUAUGUCCGAGAGACGAUUUACCAGACGAUCAUCAUCGAGACAAAGCAUCAAAGAAUUUGACAACAUCUCUUUUAAAACAGGUCCUAGCUAUCAUUCUCAGAUUCCUUAGAGCUUUUCUAUCUAAAAGAAGCUGACAUAUGUACAUGUAGAUAGUAGUAGGCGAAGAUACAUAUACGAGGAGAUAACAAAACUCGGGAGAAGGAACAUCAGUGCUCAGAUCUUUACAUUCCAAGAUCUGAGCGUCGCCACCAGGAACUUUGAUCCUGAGAAUCAGCUCGGUGAAGGCGGUUUCGGAAGGGUUUACAAAGGGUACAUAGAAACCAAUGAUAAGGUAAUAUAUAUACAUACUAUUUAUUACAACAUCUCCUUCAUAUUCCUGUUCCGGUUUGAUGUUCUGAUUCUUUGCAUUAUUCAGGUUGUUGCAGUUAAGCAACUAGACAGGAAUGGCUACCAAGGGAACAGAGAAUUCCUUGUUGAAGUCAUGAUGUUGGGUCUCUUACAUCAUCAAAACCUUGUUAAUUUGGUUGGUUAUUGCGCAGACGGUGAUCAACGCAUUCUUGUCUAUGAAUAUAUGCAAAAUGGCUCAUUAGAAGAUCAUCUUCUCGAAUUGGUGCGGAACAAGAAGAAGCCGUUGGAUUGGGACACAAGGAUGAAAGUUGCAGCAGGAGCAGCGAGAGGGCUUGAGUAUCUACACGAAACAGCUGAUCCUCCUGUGAUCUAUAGAGACUUCAAAACCUCCAACAUAUUACUUGACGAAGAAUUCAACCCGAAGCUUUCGGAUUUCGGUUUAGCUAAAGUCGGUCCGACCGGUGGAGAGACUCACGUCUCGACCAGAGUGAUGGGAACGUACGGCUACUGUGCGCCUGAGUAUGCUCUCACCGGACAGCUCACUGUGAAGUCCGAUGUGUACAGCUUCGGAGUAGUGUUCUUGGAGAUGAUCACGGGAAGAAGAGUGAUCGACCCGACAAAACCAACUCAAGAAGAGAAUCUAGUCACUUGGGUAAUUAUAUAUAGUAACAUACUUCACAUGCAAAGUCUCUUGUUUAUAGGCGUUUUCUUGAAUGGAUGAUUGCUAAAAUGCGCAGGCGAGCCCGUUGUUUAAAGAUAGGAGAAAGUUCACGCUAAUGGCGGAUCCUUUGCUUGAAGGGAAGUACCCAAUAAUAGGAUUGUAUCAAGCACUUGCGGUUGCAGCGAUGUGUCUUCAAGAAGAAGCAGCAACGAGACCAAUGAUGAGUGAUGUGGUUAGUGCGCUCGAGUACUUAGCUAUGACCAAAGACAAAGUAGAUGCAGAAGCUGUAGAAGACAAGGGGAAUUAUUAUAAUUAAUAAACAAACUAAUAAAACAUAUGAUAACAGAGAAGAAGGAGAGGAAAAAUCUAAGCUUUAAGCAAUAUGUUGCUUAUUUGUAAUUUUAAUGAUCUGUUUUAGGAAAUUUGAGGAGUUUUUGCUGAGAAUAUUUAUUUAUUUUUGGUUUCAAGUUUCAAACUUUUCUCCUUUUACAUUGCACAAAUUAGGCAUGGGUAGGGUGUGUUCAUGUAUGCCUUGAGGUUUUUAGGUUUAGUUUUCUAGUUCUCAUCAGAGUUUUAUAUCUGUAUGGAGGAUCAAUGUUCUAAAAAAAUUGGUCCUACAUCAACUAGAUGUUCGCUUAGAUGGAAAAUUAGUCAUAUUCGAAAUAUUUUUAUAAAUGUUUGAUUUAAUCGAUUUAAAUUGGUUUAAAUUUAGUUUAAACAAUUUUAGUUGUCUAAAGCGAUCCAAAUUAGUCUAAAUCAAUUGAAUCAAAUGACUAAAUAUAUUAUAUUUACCAAUAAUUUAUCUAAAUAAGUGAUAAUCUUUUCUUCUCUCCGGUUUGUUUUUAGUAUAUCCAUUUUUUUAAUAUUUCAUCAAAGUAAUUUUUUAAUUAAGUACAAUUGAAAGAAAUAUGUAAUGUAAUUAUGUAAUAUAUAAUAGAUAAACAAAUGAUUUGUUAACGCCUAUGUCUAGCAUAGGUUCUGAAUAAUACGUUUAAGCGCUAAUACUCUAUUAAGCGUCUAAAUACCACCUAAAACUUUUUAUAUCCAUUCAUAUUUUUACUAGUGUUAAAAAAAAUUACUAUGCGCUAAACGGAAACUCAAUAUCUAGCGUCUAAAAUGAUUUAUCACACGUCUGGAUUAUUAAUUAGACUGAUUAAAUAUAUAAUAACAUUCAUAUUUUUAUUUUGAUAAGAUUUUAUACUAUAAUAUAUUAAUUAAUAUAAAUUCACAAAUAAUAAUAAUUAUUUUUUAUCAUAUUAUAAUUAUUUAGACGUUUUAUAAAGUAAUCACCAUGGUUCACUGAGCUUAGCGCCUAAACACCAACUAAAACGAUUUUUAAAACACUGAUUUUUACUUUUAGAUAGGAUUACUUUUGGUUUGAAUUUAUUUUGUAUUUCAGGUUUUAUAUUUUUUGGCUAGACCUAGCACAAAUCGUCAGAACACUAGAAUCAGAUUUUAGAAUUAAAAAUGGUUUUUAGUGAUAAAUCUCCUCAACUAAAGAUUUUUCGUAAAAAAUCCCCCCAACUUGUUAUCUUGUAAUUUAUCUCCUCAAGUUCGAUGUUGUUAGAUUUUGUUACCUUCCGUCUAUUGUUUCGUUAUUUAUUGGACAUAUAUCGUUUACGCAGAGUUUCAUUUUAGUGAUGAAUCCCCCCCCCCCCCCCAACUAAAUAUUUUUCGAAAAAAAUCCCCUCAACUUGUUUUCUUGUAAUUUAACCCCUCAAGUUCUAUUUUGUUAGAUUUUGUUACCUCGGUCUAUUGUUCUGUUAUAAAUGAACGGAUAUUGUUUACACACAAACGCAAAGUUUCAUCUAAACCUAAAAAAACAUGUUUUCUUUUUAAAAUGUGUUUAGUCGAGUUAAUUUUUAUUUUUGUUCUAGUUUGGUUAUGAAAAUUUAAUUUGUAAAAAAUAAAAGAAAUCAUCGUUUGACACUAAAUCAUUAAUUUUUUUUGUAUUUAAAUGUAAAACCAAACAUAAAGAUGAUAUUUUCAUAUUUUAGAUUAUUAUCUUUGAACCUAAUAUAAAUAUUAUAAGUUGUAGGACUGGCACUUUGGUUUGGUUUGGUUAAUUCGUUUCUAGAAUUUUUUUUUCAACCAAAGUAAGUAAACCAUAAUUAGUUUAGUUUGGUUUGAAUAAUUUUCGUUUUGGUUCGUUCGAUUUGAUUCGGUUCUGUUCUGUUUUUUUUGCCUACCCCUAACAAAACAAAGCAUUGAAAAAGAUCAUAAAUAAAGAGUAGACAACGCUAUUUUUUUUUGUCUAAAGUAGUGUUAUCUUUUUCAAUGUUCUGUUUUAUGGUCUUUUUCAAUGUUUUAUAGUCUUUUAUGGUUUUCGCAUUGCUAUUUUGGAACAUCUAACUUUCGAUUUGGGAUUUUGAGCUUCAUUGUCUGCUCUAUUUCAUUUAAUAAAGAAAACAUGUUUUAUAAUUUAAUGAAACUCUACGUUUGUAUGUAAACAGUAUCCGUUCAUAAAUAACAGAACAAUAACAGAGGUAACAAAAUCUAACGAAAUAGAUUUGAGGGGUUAAAUUACAAGAUAGUAAAUUGAAGGAUUUUUUACAAAAAAUCUUUAGUUGGAGGAUUUAUCACUAAAAUGAAACUCUGUCUUUA